AUGGGUCCUCCAUCACACGGAGGAUCUGUGAGUUUUCGGGUGUUCACACUCUGCCUUCUGGUGGGCUCUUGGCUGGUGGAAAGGGGGGCUGCGCAGUGCAUUCCCACCACGGUUGAGGCGAAGGUCCCAGGCCUGGCGGUGCCGUACCUUUCCACGUGCCUGAACGGAUCUUAUUCGCUCAAGUUUGCUGACGGCGUCUCUUCCCACACCGUGGUCGUCACAAUUCAAAGCCCCACCGGACAGACCGUCUCUAUUACAGGUAAUCUGAACAGCCAGAUCACAACCCUAACGGUGGGCCAGCCCAACGGGCUCGCCAGCACGUGCCAGGGUUUGGGGAUCUACGCGCGCUCCGAAACGGCGCCGCUGGCGGGCGCCGCGGCCGCGCUGGUUCUGAAGAGACCCUCCGGGGGUUUGCUCAAGCAGAGCGCGCUCACGGGCGACGGCGGCCGCACCGCGGUAGCCACGUGUCUUGGCUCGAGCAACCAGUACCAAUUGCUUCUGAGUGGCGCAGAUGCCCCUCUUCCCGGAUCAAUCUUUGUCCAAGCGUUCCUGACACCCACCGUUUGCACGGGCUUAAUCUUCGACACGACCCCCGAUAUUCCGAUAUCCCUCGUCCCCGGUCAAGCAAGCGUCGUCAAACCCUCCUUUAACCCGCCUCCAAACCCGUCCGCUAGCGCGGUCAAUCUAGGCCCCUCGGGGACGUUUACGGGUCCGGGGUUUACGAUAACCCGGCCAAUCCAAACCCAGAAUCAAACUACGUCCCCAAAUUUGCCCGGUGAACCGACUGCAAACACCGCUAACCCGCCCACUAACCCGGUCAUAUACCAAAGCACGCCCGGGACGUUUCCCCCGGUCGUCGAUCCCAGAACAGGACUAGUGACCCCGGGCGGACCGAUCCCUGUUGGCACUAACCCGGGCGGUAACCCAAGCAGGGUUACGGGCAGUUCACCAAACCCGGUUCCCGAGGGAAGUUCUGGUCCGCAAAGCGUUAGCGACUCAAAGGAGAGCAGGAAAUGGGUCGCGAUCGUGGUUCCGAUGCUAGUUAUCUGCGUGCUAACGAGCGUAGUCGGCGGGCUGGUCUUUUUUUUCGGGUUACGGAAUGUGCGGAGGACGGUUACGGAGCAAAUGGCGGAACUGCGGAACGCUCUGAUCGGCCGCAGCCGAAGCGGCAGUCCGAGGGACUACCGCCAGUUCGCGGUUGCAGCAAACCAGGGAAGGGUUAACGGCGUCAGCUCUCGUUCAGAAAACUUAACCCGGGGCCGUGAGAGGGAUCCCCCCCAAAACUUCAGCGGCGAAUACGACGAUCUACGUUGGGGCGCUGCUGACGUGGCAAACCCUGAACUGGGCCGAACCAGAUCUGGGUUAAGUCGGAACCAGUCUGGGUUUGGUCCCGACCACUCCGGGUUCGGUCGAGAUGAGAGCGGGUUAAGACAGAACGGAUCGUCCUUAGUCCCGCCCAGAAGAGGGGUUCGACCCCCCAAUCAAGAAACGGCUUUCCAAACGGACAGAGAAACCGGUCAGCAUCGGAGGCUGGAACGGAACCCUAGCCAGUUGCCGGGAGUUGCGGGAGCGGGACACGUGGCAGACUCGCGGGGCUUACAUGGUCAAGGGUCGGCCAGAACCGUGAGGUUAGACCCUAACGGGGACGGUCAGGUUAGGACGGGGGAAAGCAGGGGGCGUCUCAGAGAGGGUAGCGCGGAAAUGAAGAGGACGCUGACGUUUCCCGCCGCAGAAGAAGGCACGUCCAUCUCGAAGCUCUUCAGUUGGGCACGCACCAAACCCGCCGAUGCUCCCGAAAGAAGCACAGCGCCGCUCCUCCCAAAAGCAAGAGACCCACUCAGAGUCGGACACGUGUACGUCCCCAGUCAACCCUCCUGGGGUCAGCGAACCAAACCCCGAACCUCAGCCGGCGACACCGCGGCCGCGGCCGCGGCUCCCAGCGCUGACGUUAUGGGAGCGCGCGCGCAAGAGAACGAUCUGGAAGCAGCGCGCCACAGUUUGAGCGACUUGGAAGAGGGGCCUUUGGGCGAGCAUCAUGGCGGGGGGCUGAUCGGAGGAGCGCAUCUGCCCCCCCUUGGGAGAGAAAGGCCGACGUAUGCUAAUCAAGGGAUGGAACGGACUUCCGCUGCCCUGGGCGGAGCGAGCGGAAUGGUUGCUGGGCGAGGGCUGUUCCGGCCGAAGUCGGGGGUUCCGCUUGCCAACCAAGACACGCUCGGAAGAGCGAACAGAAGGGAGCCGGAACGGAGGGACGGAAGAGUCAGCGAUGCGGAGAUGGAAGAGGAGCCAUUGGGAGAUCUGGACGAAGGAAGACAGGGAGUCGUCAUACGAGGAUUGGGACCGAUUGAAGAAUCUGGUUUGAGAAGCGCAGUUCUUGGACCAGGGAAAACCCCGAAUAGAUGGGAGAAACGUGGGGUGCCGGAUAGGAGGAAAAGCGUCGACUCGCAGAGUUUGGGAUCCACGGUGACCAAACGCGUGUCUGACAUCGGAAGACACGUGGGCGGCGAAAAGGGCGCCACGUUGCUGGAUAAGGAUUGGGCUGUCGCGAAGCAAGAGACCGGAGAUGGGGCUCCCCAAACCAAGGGUGAGGGUUUACUUUUCGAAACGCAGCGUUUUCGAGAAAACGAGAAGGCUUUCGGCGUCGGAUCACGACUGGAGAAAGAAGCCCGUGAUGGAGAAAAUAAUCUGGGUCAAGCGGAAGGGGUUUCCGGGUUUGCGGAGGCGACCGCGGCCACCCGAGAGGGCUAUCGCGUGGAUGACGUCAGGAAUCCGGGUUUAGAAAGAACGUCAGGUCUGCAGUCCAGUGCUGAGGAAAGGAGCGGACGGCGGAAUUCCGUUGCGCUGAGCGGGGAGCGUUUCCGCGGAGUCGUGUACGCUUCUCCGGACCCGGUGAAAGCGGAAUCCUUCGACAAGGUGCGCGAGUGGUUCAGCAGGGGGGACCACGGUGAGAGCAAUCCGGGCGGCGCGUUUACCGCGGCGGAAUGUUUUGGAGCGGAACGGAACGGUGCGGAACGGACUGGUCUAGAGCGCGACGGAACGCAACGGGAGAAAAUGGAGGCGGGGACCCGAAUCAAAGAAGAGGAAAGCCGUUCGAAGCGGCAGGUGGCUUUCGAGAGCGGACGAUCGGAGAGGAGAGGACAUUCGGACAGGAGGGAGGUCCGAAACGGAAACGGAAUAGGCCGGUACGUUCAGGCGGAACGGAGUCCGCUCGCGAGCAACCAGGACUAUUGGGAGAAAGAGAGCCUGCUCUUCGGAAAGAGGCCCCCUCGGUGGGACGCUUCCCCUUCCAAAGCCGCGCACGUCGCGCAAGUUUCUGAAGGCAGGAACGAGACAAUUGCGCGGGGCCCCCAACCCACUCGCGCAACGUUUCGGGACGACAAGGCAUCCGAAAAGGUGGGCGCGAAAUCCGGGGAGAGCGGCAGAGCGCGACCAAGUGACACGUGGCAAACAGGGAAGUUAACCAGAGGCGGCGGGGAUGUGCUGCGCGCGCGGGAGAAGCUGGCGGAGGAACUAGAGGCGGGGGGAUGGACCCCCGACCGGGCGGACGUGGAAAUGGUCGACUGCCUGCUCUUUGAUCUGCCCGAGAUGGUGGCCUCGGUGCAACACCUCCGAUCGCAGCUAGAAUAG